AAGCAAGCAGCCGCCCCACUUUGAUCCUGCUCCUACUCCUACUACUAAUAAAGCCGUUGAACCACCACCAGCUCGAUGCCCCCUUCUAUUGCGUGCAGCCUCCUUCCUCUUCCAGAAGCACAAUCCAUCGCAGCCUCCCCCCUCCUCCGCUGAAGCCUCAUACCUCCCCCGACGAGCUCGUCCGACUGGCCGGCCGGAGAGUCUCUCGUGGUCCGUCAGUUGCCUUCGCGGGGUCUGAACUUCUCGUACGAUCCCUGCGCCUACAAGGAUGGAGAGGAGAGCGGCGAGGGGCACCUCUGAUCACCGUCGGCGAAUGCAGAUGCCUCCGGCGCAGGUGGAGCAGAAGCCGCAGCGCCGCAGGGGGCCGAAGAGCUGCCAGAGAACGCCGCCGCCGCCGGGCUGCUUCACCAUCCAGCUGCUCAUGGUGUUCCUCUGGGUGGCCGCGUCGCUCGCCUUCCUGCCGCUCGUGCUGCCGCCGCUGCCCCCGCCGCCGCUCUCGCUGCUGCUCGUGCCCGUUUGCCUGCUCGCCGUCCUCGCCGCGCUCGCCUUCGUCCCGCUGGACGCCCACAACAACGUCGUCGUCGGCGGCUCGUCUUGUUUGUAGAGAGGCUGCAUUUUUUCUUUCUUUUCCGUGUCGGUCAGAGCUAGCUGUUUCAGAUCUAGCCUGUAGUACAAACUGUGAACCUUUUUUUCUAGAUUAGAUUAGAAAUUAGGAUUGAUUAACAGAGGACUACUUUUUGGCUUUGUAAUCACUUGAAUUCCGGCAAUGUCAAUUGAGAUCUCACGGUAUUUAUGCU